AUGUCGCGCGGUGGAACCACCCUCUACGUGACUGGCUUCAGCCACGGCACCCGCGCCCGAGACCUCGCCCACGAAUUCGAACGAGCCUUCCGAGAUUUCCGAUCUUCCUCUCCUUCCCUCGCCCUCCCCGUCCACGCCCUCGCCCACCUCGCUUUCGUCCUCGUCCUCGUCCUCGUCCACGCCCUCCCGUCCUCCGCUGCUCUCGCGUCAGCAUAUCAAUCCAAUAUGCCUCCUUCGUCCUCCGUCCCCCGUCGAUGCGUUCUGUCCUCGUUCGCUCGGGUUGCGCUCUCAACCCGCCGACCGUUGUCCGCGCCGCCGUGGUCUGGCCAGCCUCCCGUGGCAGUUCGAACAGACUAUGCAGACACCCGCUCUGCCCCCGACGGCGGACUCCUUGUUCUAGAUGAACAACGGAAAUUACAAAUCCGAGAACGAGACCUCAUCUAUGGACAUCUUGUCCGCUGCGACAUUCCCGCUCCUCGUUCCGCUUCUAGCAGACUGUUCGCGUUCGUCGAGUACGAGGACCGUCGCGACGCUGACGAUGCUUACCAUGAGAUGCACAACAAGCGCAUCGGCCGCGAUGACAUUCUGAAGAUCGAGUGGGCUCGCACUCCUCCGUCUGCCUCAUGGCGCUUCGAUUCUGGCCGUGACCGUGAGCGUGCUCCUCGCCGCUCCUCCCCCCGUCGUGGCCGUUCUCCUUCUCCUCGCCGCAGCACCCGCGACUACUCUCCUAGGAAGGACGACCGUCGUGACCGCGACCGUGACUACGACCGCGACCGCCGCGACACCCGCGACCGCUCUCGCAGCCCUGACAGACGUGACCGGGACACUAAGGACGAUCGCGACGAACGUGACCACCGUGAGAACGGUACUAAUGGCGAUGACCGGAAGGCUAUUGACAGCCCUCCUCCUGCCCACGACGACCUGGACGUCGCUGCGGAGUGA